ACCCACUCCUCGAGCGAGCCCUUCGACCCCUCGGUACUGACGACCGUCGUCGGAUGGAACCCGGAGUGCGCCGAUUCGCAUCAAGCGGCGGGAGCUAGCUCAGACAUGGGAAGUGAGCACUAUUGCCUGAGGUGGAACAAUCAUCAGAGCAACCUGCUGGGAGUAUUCAGCCAGUUGCUGCACGACGAGAGCUUGGUGGACGUCACACUCGCGUGUUCCGAAGGUGCCUCUAUACGGGCUCACAAGGUAGUACUGUCUGCGUGCUCAUCGUACUUCCGAUCGCUGUUCGUAGACCAUCCGUCGCGUCAUCCUAUCGUGAUCCUGAAGGACGUCGGCUUGGAGGAACUACGCACGCUCGUCGACUUCAUGUACAAGGGCGAGGUCAACGUCCAGUACUGUCAACUGCCAGCUCUUCUUAAGACUGCCGAAAGCCUUCAGGUGAAAGGAUUAGCUGAAAUGACCACUUUAAGCGCAGCCGGUAUCGAUACGCGAAACGUACAAGAACCAAUGGAGGACAGUCAACCCCAAGACAUGAGAGAAUGCACGGAACCGCACGAGAGGUUAGAAGAGCGAGAAAUACGUGAAAGAGAAGAAAGGCGGGAAGCAAAAGAAUUGCGCGAGAGAGAAUGCAAAGAAAGCCGCGACGUGAGGGAGACUCACUCGAGGGAGAGUAGAGAGGGGCGGGAUUUACAUAGAGAAAGAGAACAACGAGAACGUGAGCGUGAGCUGAGAGAACCUCGUGACUUAAGAGAUUUAAGAGAUUCAAGAGAAUCAAGAGAUUUACGAGAGCCCAGAGACCAUAGAGAACUACGUGAUUCCCGAGAAAACCGCGAUCCGCGUGACUUGAGGGAUAUACGUGACCUGAGAGAUCUUCGGGACACAAGGGAUCUGCGAGAAGGUCCAGAUGCUUCACCUCCUAGAAUAUCUCCGCUGCUGUCAGUUCGUAGAUUUAGGUCAGAAACAUCAAUCGAAGCGCCAACACCAAUACAUCCGUCAAUACCGAAAGACGAACCGCCGGACGAACCAUUACGUCCGCCCUCUACCGAAGAUGACACAAUAUCCAUCCGAUCGAAUGGUGAUAAUAUAGGAAUCAAUAUGACGAUAAAUAGUCACAGUAGCGGCAGUGCGCUUGGACCACGCUAUUCGCCAGUGGAGCAAAGACUGAGCGUUCUGAACGCUUUGCCACAUCCUGGGCUACCCCAUCCCUCGCAUGCGUCGCUGCCGAGUCCAAGAAAUGAACCCAUUGCUGGUCCUUCAGGGUUGCCACCUGUUCAACAAGUACCACUUUCCCUGAAAAAAGAAAUAGACUGGGAGCGGAGUAAUGAAGAUAAAUUAGGUGAAGCAUCAACGGAAUACCGGAUGCCACAUGAAACUGAGUACGAAGGGUCCGGUAGGGGGCGAAUCGAUGAAGGGGAGAGAGGGUAUCCUUGCAUACACUGUGGCGCGGCGUUCCCUCACCAGAACAAAUUGGCCAGGCAUAUACUGACGACGCAUACGCUAGAGUCGCUAAAGUAUCGAGACGCGAUAUUGGGCCGACCUAUGGGCUUGCCGAUGAUCGGGCAGUUCAGCGAGCCCACGUACAUGAUGCCCGCGGAGGAGACGCCCAUCGACCUCGACAUCGGCCCCGUGGAGCCGGGCAAUGUGGUGCUUUGCAAGUUCUGCGGCAAAAGUUUUCCCGACGUGUCUUCCCUCAUCGCGCAUUUGCCGGUGCACACGGGCGACAGGCCGUUUAAAUGUGAAUUCUGCGGCAAAGCAUUUAAGUUAAGACAUCACAUGAAAGAUCACUGUAGAGUGCAUACAGGGGAACGGCCUUUUCGUUGUGUUUUAUGCGGCAAGACAUUUUCGAGAUCGACCAUUCUUAAGGCGCACGAGAAGACACAUUAUCCAAAAUACGCUCGGAAGUUCCUCUCACCGAGUCCAGUGGAUACGGAGGAGGAGAGUCCCCAUCAAUGAGUAUGGGAGGGCGCAGGGGGCGGGGCGGGCGCGCGGGGGGACGCCCCGCCCGGUUGUAGUUGUUACGUCAAUAGUCAAUGGUGAGAGUCGAUUGAACAAAUGGUGGACAAUAUGUUGUAAAUUAGUUAAGAAUGUGAUUAAAACGCCGCAACUGUGAUCUGAAUGAUAUGAAUAAUAUUUGAUAUUUCACUAAUAGAUAAUUGACACACAAAGUUGUUGAUUCUUCGUUUUAGUUAAAGGAGAGCGUUAUUGGUUUUAUCUUCUUUGCUUGUUUUUUUAUAGUUUUCAAUAUUAGGUGCUUACUUUACGCAUUAGAUGAUACAUUUUAACUCAACAAAUGAGUACCUUAGAUGGCAUAGCCAAAGUUAGGUAGAGAAGUAAAAUUACUUUAAAAGAGAUUUAACGCAGCUUGCUUCUUUAUGUUUACCUUUUACAAAUUAACUAACAUCAGUGCAUCGUAAAUAUUUUUUUGUUAAUUUUUAGUACGCGAUAAAAUAGGCUUUCGAAAUUAAAAUAAAUUGUAAAAUAUCGUCUUGAUUUUAGAAUCGUCAUUAAUAUUUAGACUUGCAUAUUUAUAUUAGUAUUUCCCUCAGAAAUGAUUUUAUAAAAGAAAUUGAAGAUUGAUUGUGAGUGCUUUAAUUAUAAUUAGAGUCUAUAAAUAUCGCACUCAGUAUAUAGUUAGUGAAUCGUUAACAGUUAGGGAUUUGAGGUUUUGAGUAAUUUUAUCUUUCGAGUAUAUCGACGCACGCUCCCCUGAGGUAACAUAAAAGCAAUACUACGACAUAUAAAAUGUAAAUACGAUAUAGUUUGAUACAUAUUAUCGGAUUUUUAGGAAAUUUAUUAGAAUUAUAAUGGCUUCGUUAGCUCUGUUUGGAUACACGGGGAGGGUUGUGGGAUGUGUGAUCAUGGGAAUCAAAGCUUUAAGCACCCUUUUUGUUUUCUUAACUCUCUAUGCCUUUUAUUCCUAUUCAAUUUGAAUAUAAAGACAUUUUUUUCAAAAUGUUUAAACAUGUUUAACACCAUAAAUAAGUAUGACUUAUUUUUGAAUAGGAAAUUUGAAGGCAUAGUGUCAGCAUGCAAGUAAUUAAAAAUUUCUUGUCUAUUUUGAUACUGUGAAACCAGAUUCACUUGUUAUUUUUGUAGAAAGUUUCAAAUGCUACAUAUCCAUAUCCACUAGUUCUAAAUAUUGCCCAUAUAUUUGUUUUUAUAUAUUUAUACAUAUGUUAGGGAAAAUGUCAUGUAAUAAAAAGUCUGUACUGAAAUUGACACUAUAAUGUACAAUUUUCAAUGACGUUUACGUUCCAUCUUUUAUUAUUAUUUUACAUCAUUCGUACUUAAAUUUAAAUCAGCAAUUUAAAUUGAUGUCCAUGGGCAUCGAAAAUUAUCUCGCUGUUCCCGAUGUUAUAUCAAAAAACAAAACUUAAAUAUCAGUUCUCAUAUUAUGACAUUUACCCUGACAUAUAGUUGUUUAGCUCUAACAUAGAUCACAUAAGCAUUUGAAACUUCACAAAUACUGUGUUCAAUAAAUAAGACAGAGUUAAAUACAGGGAUAUUGUAUGAAUGUUAAUUUACUAGACACAAAUUUAAUUUGAACUCUACUGUAUAUGGCCUUGAGACUAAAAAGUCUCAUUGGCCAUGUGUAGUAUUACAUUUGACGUACAACCAAUAUUUACUUAUUGAAGCUUUGAUUUGGCAUUGAUAGAGGAACUGGCAAGAUGGCGGCGCGUUCGGCUGACAUAUUGGCAGCGGUGUUGCCAGCUCAAUUUUACUUUAUAGAUACACACAAUAUCAAUUGCAAUUAUUAUUAAUUGCACCCUAAAGAAAAUAAUUUUACCUUUGUAAUUUGUUUUGUAUAUAAAAAAUGGUAGAGUUGGCAACACUGCGUGACAGAGCAGAAAGUAUAGAUUUCAUUAAUCCCUAACGAGAGGUUGCCAUGUUGGGCAGUCUGUCGCGUUAGGGCACAUUUAUAAAUUGCUAAGGUAACUCUGUCUUGAAAGUAUAUUUAGACAUUUUAAUGACCCAAUAUCAUUCAGCUGUGAAGUAUAAACGGUUCUUCCUAGUCUUUAGACAUAAUCGAUUUCAUAAUAUUUAUAGGGAUGACAUAUCAUUUGAUUGUUUGGUAGAGUUUUUAAAAUUAUUUUAAAAAGUGUAAGUCACGAAAUUUUAUUACUGCGAAAUUUACGGCUAAACUGAUAUUGAUGGGGCUUCGAAUAGAUGUUUGUAAUUGUAGAAAGUUAUUCUGAAUUUAAUAUCUGUCAAAAGUAUUAUGGUAAUUUAGAAAAGAACUGUGAUAUAUUUUUUUAAAUAAGUACGCAACAUCUGGGCGAAUAAUCGAUCUCAGUUGUGAUUGGAAAUUUUUAGGAAAUUAGGGGUGAAGGAUGUCGGUGUUUUAUGUUAAAAUUAUUUAUUUAAUAGUUCAAAUAGAUGCUGUGCUUUGAAUUUCGCUAAGAAAUAUAAUUUAAGAAUGUUUAAAAUAUGAAAAAUCUUUAUUACAUUCGGGCUUCAAUAACAAGAGUGAAUUAAAAAAGGAAAGUAUGCAAUUUCCCACAGAUCUCAUUCGUUUAAGAUUUAGACUAAGUCAGUAGUGAAUCAUUUCUAAGCAUUGUUAUUUGAAUAGUAAUUCUUUAUUAAUUUAUUUUAAUAAACUAUAAGUGGUUCGUUUUUCGAAUUGUUAAUGCACUUAAUUGUUUUAAUUCUAUUGUAAUUUUUAAAUUCCACCGAUAUCGUUAACUCCAUCAAAAUUAUCUUUGUAGGGAAUGCUUUUAUAUGCAAAAGUUGGGGAUACCUUAGCAAUUUAGAAAAACAUCAUACAUAUGAUAAAAAAUGAGGGUAGUUCAAAUUAAUCGCCGCGGUAGUUUUAGAUGAUUCUUCCAAUUGCACGUGGUAAUGUAAUUAGAAUAUAACAAGUGCAGUAUUUAUACGGAAAGUUUAUAUAAUCAUUUUAUUUUAUUGUUUACGGAGUUAACAGAGCACUUGAUACCAUGAAUUAAAUGUCUGGACAAUCGUAAACAUUCCAUACAGAUAAAGGUCUAUUCUGUAAACCACUGGUCUUUCAAGUUUUUUUUUUCUAUAUAUAGUAACACUGAUAUUUAAGUAAAUGCGAAGAACCAUACAAUUUUAUAUUUAA